AUGGAUCGACAAUGGAUGUACCAAAAAGAUGUUAAUUUUGAGGAAUUUUUACAAGGCGUCCGAAGUUUUCUUUUAGUUGCUGAAGCUCAUCGAUUAGCUAAAGGAACGAACGAGAUUUUUUGUCCUUGUUCCAAAUGUAAAAACUUUGUGGGGCAUAAGAAUAUCAACGAAAUUGAGUUUCAUUUGUUGCAAAAUGGGUUUGUUCGUAAGUAUAAUAUUUGGUCAGAGCAUGGGGAAUCACUCGCUGCAGGUAGUAGCACAUCAGUGUCCGGAUCUUUUGCCAAUGAAAACAAUGAUUCAAACAUGAAUCGUAACCCUGAAAAUUUAAAAAGGAUGUUCCACGAUAUGGAGGCUACUACUGUUGGUGAUUCUCAUCAAGAAAAAUUACAAGAGUUGUUUGUUGAGGCAAAAAAUGAUUUGUAUGAUGGUUCUAAGUACUCAAAACUUUCCGCUGUUUUGGAGUUAUUUAACUUAAAAGCAAGCAAUGGUUGGAGUGACAAAAGCUUUACAAGCCUUUUAAAAUUUUUGAAAAAAAUUCUCCCCGAGGCUAAUACGUUACCCAUUUCUAUAUAUGAAGCAAAAAAAAUAAUUUGUCCAAUGGGAUUAGGAUAUCAAAGAAUAGCUGCAUGUCCGAAUGAUUACAUGUUGUACAGAAAUGAGUAUGAAGAUCUACAUGCAUGUGUUACUUGUGGUACAUCAAGGUAUAAAAAGGAGCCUGAUGAACCUUUUGAUGAUGUGAAAAAAAAUGGACCCCCUGCUAAAGUACUAUGGUACUUUCCUAUCAUACCAAGACUUCAACGAUUAUUUGCGAGCAAGAAAGAAGCAAGGUUAAUGCGUUGGCAUUUUGAUGAGCGUAAGAAAGAUGGAAAAAUAAGACAUGUCGCAGACUCGCCUCAAUGGAGAAAUAGUAACAAUAAGUUUCUAGAUUUUGGUAAUGAGAUCAGAAAUAUCCGAUUUGGACUUAGUUCGGAUGGAAUUAACCCAUUUGGAAACAUGAGUAGUCGUUACAGCACUUGGCCGGUUUUUUUGUGCAUCUACAAUCUCCCACCGUGGUUAUGCAUGAAACGUAAAUACAUCAUGAUGUCAUUGUUAAUUUCUGGCCCGAAACAACCUGGUAAUAACAUUGACAUUUAUUUGGCUCCUUUGAUUGACGACAUGAAAGAUUUGUGGGGUCCGGGUAUAGAAGUGUACGAUGCAUAUAAGAAUGAGAAAUUUCGAUUGCGAGCCAUGAUUUAUUGCACGAUAAAUGAUUUCCCGGCCUACGGUAAUUUGUCAGGGUACAGCACGAAGGGUAAUUAUGCAUGUCCUGUUUGUGAAGAUGAGACACAUUCAAGGCGGUUAGAAAAUUGCAAAAAAACCGUGUUCAUGGGACAUCGAAGAUCACUUCCCAUUAAUCAUCUGUAUCGUAAUAUGUCUUUGGAGUUUGACGGGAAAACUGAGAUGAUAACCGUAAGGAAAAGACUUGAUGGAGAUUAUGUACUUGCCCGGGUUAACAUUAUAAACAAUGUGUUUGGAAAAACAACUCCUGUUAUUCAAGGAAUGUGGAAAAAAAGGUCAAUUUUUUUUGAUUUACCUUAUUGGAAGGAUUUAGAAGUUAGACAUUGCCUUGAUGUAAUGCAUAUCGAAAAAAAUGUAUGCGAGAGCUUGACAGGGGUACUGCUGAACAUUCCCGGAAAAACUAAAGAUGGAGUUAACGCUCGAAAAGACAUGGUUUCAUGGGGGAUCCACUUAGAGCUUGCCCUAGUUGAGAAGGAUAAGGGGCACACAUAUCUACCACCAACAUGUUAUACAAUGUCGAAAGAUGAAAGAGCACAAUUUUGUAAAUGUUUGCGUGAUAUUAAGGUUCCAUCUAGUUAUUCAGCGAACAUUAAGAGUUUGGUGUCAAUGAAAGACUGUAAGUUGCAGGGAAUGAAAUCACAUGAUUGUCAUGUUUUAAUGACACAUAUGAUUCCAAUCGCACUUCGCGGGUUAUUGCCAGAGCAUAUCCGACAUACAAUCACACAACUUUGUUCAUUUUUUAACACGAUCCACUUGAAAGUGCUUGAUCUUGAAGUUUUGGAUUCAUUGCAAAGCGAGAUUAUCCUGACCCUCUGCCAACUAGAGAUGUAUAUGGGUGUCUUAAAAGGGUAUGUAAGGAAUAGAUCUCGACCCGAGGGCAGUAUUGUUGACGGGUAUGUUGCUGAGGAGGCUGCUGAAUUUUGUACAGGCUAUUUGGAUGGUAUCAAAAGUAUUGGCGUUUCUCAAUCUCGUCACUUAGGCAGACUUAGUGGGGCUGGUACAAUUGGAUCAAAAUCUUUCAACCCGGACUAUAAACUUUUUGAGCUUGCACAUUUUGCAGUCCUCCAACAUAUGACAUGUAUUUCUCCAUAA